UUUCGAGGAGCGGGUCGCUUCCGGGAGCGGCCGCAGCGCCCGGCUCCUUCCUCUCUAUCCGCCCGUCUCCGUGGUCGCCAUGGCCCCUCCCCUCUUCGGCUAGCCGCGUGCUCUUUGCACUCUUCCCGAAGCCCACUCUGGGGCCGCGGGGCUCCGGCGGAGGGCGGAAUCCGGCUUAUGGCGGUCCCGGGGCCGGCGGCCGGGGCUGGCGCCAGGCCCAAAUUAGAUCUGCAAUUUCUCCAGCGGUUCCUGCAGAUACAGAAGGUUUUGUUUCCCUCUUGGUCAUCCCAGAAUGCUUUGAUGUUCCUGACCCUUUUGUGUGUGGCCCUGCUGGAACAACUGGUGAUCUACCAGGUUGGCUUGAUCCCAAGCCAGUACUAUGGGGUCCUGGGAAACAAAGACUUGGAUGGGUUCAAGACCCUGACAUUCCUGGCUGUCGUGCUCAUCAUUCUCAACUCCAUGCUGAAGAGCUUUGACCAGUUCACCUGCAACCUGCUGUAUGUGAGCUGGAGAAAGGACCUCACCGAGCACCUUCACCGCUUCUACUUCCAGGGCCGUGUGUACUACACCCUCAACGUGCUGCGGGAUGACGUCGAUAACCCGGACCAGCGCAUCAGCCAGGACGUGGAACGGUUCUGCCGGCAGCUCAGCAGCAUGGCUAGCAAACUGAUCAUCUCGCCCUUCACCCUCCUCUACUACACCUACCAGUGCUUCCAAAGCACAGGCUGGCUUGGGCCUAUGAGCAUCUUCGGGUAUUUCAUUCUGGGAACCGUGGUGAACAAAAUGUUGAUGGGGCCCAUCGUGGCAAAGCUGGUGCAGCAGGAGAAGCUGGAGGGGGAUUUCAGGUUCAAGCACAUGCAGAUCCGGGUCAAUGCUGAGCCUGCUGCUUUCUUCAGAGCUGGGCACGUGGAGCACAUGAGGACAGACCGCAGGCUGCAAAGACUCCUUCAGACCCAGAGGGAGCUGAUGUCCAAGGAGCUGUGGCUGUACAUCGGCAUCAACACAUUUGACUAUCUGGGCAGCAUCCUGAGUUACAUUGUGAUCGCAAUCCCUAUUUUCGGUGGUGUCUAUGGAGACCUGAGCCCCACAGAGCUCAGCACCGUGGUCAGCAAGAAUGCCUUUGUGUGCAUUUACCUCAUCAGCUGCUUCACCCGGCUCAUCGACCUCUCCAGCACCCUCUCAGACGUGGCUGGUUACACGCACAGGAUCGGGGAACUUGAGGAGACCCUUCUGGACAUGUCCCCGAAGUCGCACGGUGGUGAGAUCCUGGAUGAGAGCGAGUGGGACAUGGACAGGGCCCCAGACUGGCCAGCCGCAGAACCAACGGACACAGCUUUUCUCCUCGAGCGGGUCUCCAUCUGUGCCCCCUUCUCUAACAAACCCUUAAUCAAGGAUCUGAGCCUGAAGAUCUCUGAAGGUCAGAGUCUGCUCAUCACGGGCAACACGGGCACCGGCAAGACCUCCUUGCUCCGAGUUCUAGGCAGCCUCUGGGCAAGCACACGGGGCUCAGUGCAGAUGCUGACGGACUUUGGACCCCAUGGGGUGCUGUUCUUGCCACAAAAGCCAUUCUUCACUGAUGGGACCCUUCGGGAGCAGGUGAUAUAUCCCCUAAAGGAGAUCUACCCCGACUCAGGCUCUACCGACGAUGAGAGGAUCGUGAGGUUCUUGGAGUUGGCAGGCCUGUCCAGUUUGGUGGCGAGGACAGAGGGUCUGGACCAGCAGGUCGAUUGGAACUGGUACGACGUUCUGUCCCCAGGAGAGAUGCAGAGGCUCUCCUUUGCCCGGCUCUUCUACCUGCAGCCAAAGUACGCAGUGCUUGAUGAAGCCACCAGCGCCCUGACUGAGGAGGUGGAGAGUGAGCUCUACCGCAUUGGCCAGCAGCUGGGCAUGACGUUCAUCAGUGUGGGACAUCGGCGCAGCCUUGAGAAGUUUCACUCCUUGGUUCUGAAACUCUGUGGAGAAGGAAGAUGGGAACUGACCAGAAUCAAAGUGGAAUGAAGCCAAGGGUGUGGCUGGCCACUGGACGAAGUGCCAAGCUCAGGGCAGAUCGGCAUCCCCCUGGAGAGACCAGGAGGCCUGCAGGGCAAGGGAGACCCCUGGCCCGCCUCACAGGUCCUGUGCAGGGAGCGCUGGCAGUGAGGGUGUGGCUCCCAAUGGGGCACCCAGUGCUGCCAGGCCCCCCAGCUGCCUCAGCCAGAGCUCCCUGCACUCCCAAGUGCUGAUUGCUUACAAAUGACCUCAGAUUGUGUUUUCUAAAGAAAAACCUGAAAGUAUGAGAUCUAUGAGAAAUGUAGGAUCAAUGUGGAGAGAAUAUUGGGCUUCAAGUCCAGAGAUCCGGAAAUCUUCUAAAUCCAUUAAAUUCUGUGGCAAUAGAUUUUUAACUUUAAUCAACCACUUGAAUUUUGUAACUUUUUUAAAAAGAAAAGAUAAACAUUUCUUAAAAAUUGGAGCUUUCUCCCUUCUCUUUCCUCUUCAUUGUAAGAUGACCUUUAAAUUGAAUCCACAGACUUGUAUUUGGGAGCUGGGUGGGAAGGAAGUAGCACUCUCCACAGUACUGGAACCUUCUGUGCCUGGUUUUUCACUUCACCCUGUGUCUCCACUUUCCCUUUGCUGGUUGUACCUAUAACCUCUAGGGCCCUUCUGUUCUUGUCUUAACCCAAGUACAACUAAAUCUCUUUCCCCUCAGUCAGCUAAAAUAAGGCGGAGAUUUUUCAAAAAUAGUCUUUGGUAGGAAACAGCAACAGCCAGGGAGAACAGACAAAACCCAGAGAGCGCAAACUUUUGAUAAGGAAAAUGAGCCCAAAGUCCUUAUUCUAGAACAAUGUUCCCCAAUGUUGAGUUGUCAGGGCAGCACAUUCAUAAUUUUUGUCAGAUCUCUCUAUUUCUUGUAGUGUUCAUCACUUAAUUUUUUUUAAUGUUUAUUUAUUUAUUUUGAGAGGCGGAGAGAGAGAGAGAAUCCCAGGCAGGCUCUGCUAACAGCGCAGAGAGCUCCAUCUCACAAACUGAGAUCAUGACCUUGAGCUGAAACCAAGAGCCGGAUGCUUAACUGACUGAGCCACCCAGGCACUGCAGACGCUUAAUAUUUUCUGAAAUAAGUCACUUUUUGUUUGUUUUUGUUCUUUGGGUUUUUUGUUUGUUUGUUUGUUUGUUUGUUUUUGUGUGUGUGAGUUUAUUCAUUUAUUUUGAGAGAGAGAGAAUCCCAAGCAGGCUCUAUACCAGCAGUGUGGAGACCCACACGGGGCUCAGGCUUACAAACCAUGAGAUCAUGACCUGAGCAGAAACCAAGAGUUGGACACUUAACCUACUGAGCCAACCAGGCACCCCAGAAUUAACUCCCUUUUUAAACCUAAUUGCAUUUUUUAAAGUUUACAUUUGGGGGCACCUGGGUGGCUCAGUCGGUUAAGCAUCCGACUUCGGCUCAGGUCAUGAUCUCAUGGUCUGUGAGUUCGAACUCUGAGUCAGGCUCCUGGAUGACAGUGCAGAGCCUGCUUGGAAUUCUCUCUCUCUUCGUCCCUCUCUUGCCCCUCCCCUGCUCACACUCCCUUUCAAAAUAAAUGAAAAGAACCUUAAAAAGGUAACUAAAAAUGAAUGUAAACAAUGUUGCGAGAUUGCAGUUUGAUACUGUGCCUGCAAAGACUCUGAAGCUUGCUCUCUUUGUACAAAGGGAGGUUGGGAGAUUGUUGCAAGGGAGUUAGACGUACUGGCAUCCAAGUGAGAAUUUUCGCCUUAAUAAAGUUAAAAACCUGGAAUGGGAACUGCAAGGGGAAUGACUUUCUCACUGUAAGACUUGAGGUUAUUUACUGCCUUGUUGCUUAUCACGGAAGGUGAUCCCAGAUGUGGGGCAGGAAAUGGUAGAAAUGGAAAUUGGGAAAGCGCUGCCUGGGUAGCCGAAGUCUCCCCAACCCAGCCUGGCUAGAGCUUUUUCUUAGCUCCAGCUCCACCCUUUGCACCCAGGUGCCGGGCCGAGAGAGCGCAGGUGGCUACCUGGCAAGGUCUGAUGGAAGUUCUGGUCCCCGGUGAAGCCUUCUUAGGGACCUGUAGGAUACCAGCACUGCCAAGGCCGGUAGCAGGCCUUCGGCCAGUGUCAGACUCUCUCGGGGGCUCAGAGGGACCAUCAAGGUGGGCAUCUGCUUCGGAAGCCUUCCCAUACUUGAAUCUCCUAACUAUAUCCUGCCAAGUGGUCUUCUGGCCUCUGUUCAAACACACUUAGCAUUGGGGACCACCCAUCCUUAGGCCCCUCUAAUUGAACAAAGCUCUUCCUUAGGUUGAGGGGAAGACUGUCUCCCUAAGGAUUAAGGAUUGCCCUGACUCUCACCCCUUGGGCAUGUGUCUGUUAAGCUGUAGGGGCCAGGAAUAGAAAGACCCUCUCGAUAUAAUUUCUGUACUUUUUCAAUGUAGCUGAAACUUCCCCCAGCCUGUUUGGUGACCUUUCCUUACUGACUUGCUUCCUUCCUUACUGGGUCCUUCAGCUCCCAAGCCUUCGUACAGGUGUUGCUCUAGCAGAUUACUCGAGAGACCAAUUUGGUGCCUGACUCAGGGUCUUGGCAUUUGCUGUUUCCUACUCCUCAGACAUGUUCUCAGUGCUGUUUGUGUUUUUAAAGCCCAGUGUUCUCCCUUGCAGAAACUCUGCCAGGAGAAAGCUGUUCUUAGGGGCAGACUCCACCUUUACCCAUCAUUCCUCUCUGAUGGAGGGUACUGAGUUUUGGGUGAAUCGUUACACGCCAGCACGAUGAAGUCAGCUUAUAUGUCCUUAGUGCAGAACAAAGACAAAAUGUUUUAAAUGUUUUCAAAUCAGCCAGGCAAAUAAUUUCCCCAACUUCAUUCUACCACUCAGGGAAUUCCACAGACCCAGUGGAUGAUACAUAGAAACAUGACUCUGUUACUCUCCUAGGGCUGUGGGCCAUGGCAGAAAAGCAAUCUUUUUGUCAUCCCUAUCAUGUGCCUGCCCACCCUAGCGAUACUUCGUAAUGUGAUCUACAGACUAAGUGCAAUCCCUGUUAAAAUCCCAAUGGCCUGUUUUUGCAGAAAUGGAAAAGCUGAUCCUAAAAUCCAUAUGGUAUUGCAAAUGAUCACGAACAGGCAAGACAAUCUUGAAAAAGAACAAAGUUGGAGUACUCAGGUUUCGAGAUUUCAAAAAUUACUUCAAAGCUACAGUAAUCGAAACAUCAUAGUACUAGGAUGGAGAGAGGUCAUUCACUGGGAUAGAAUUCAAAAUCCAGGAAUAAACCCUUACAUCUACGGUCAAGUGACUUUGGUCAAGAGUUGCAAGACUAUUCAAUGGGGAAGAGCAGUCUCUUCAACAGAUGGGGCUAGAAAACUAGAUAUCCACAUGCCAACGAAUGAAAGUGAACCCUUUUACACCAGAUGCAAAAGUUAAAAUGAAUGAAAAUUUUAGGAGUGAAGACUGAACAACUCAGAGGUGUGGGGAAAUCUUCAUGACCUUGCAUCUGACAAUGGUUUCUUAAACAUGCCCAAAGCACAGGCAACAAAAAAACACGGGACUUUUUAAAAAGUAAAGCUUUGGUGCAUCAGAGGACACCAUCAAGAGAGAGCAAAAUAGCUGAGUAGGCAGCUCCAAACAUCCAUCCCUCCAAAGAAACGAAAAACAAGCUGACACUGUCAGAACCAGAAAACAGUCCAAGGUCUACAGCAACCAAGCAAACACCGAAUCAUGAAAAAGAUAACCUAGAAGUGGUAGGCAAGUUUUGCAGUGUUUUUCCUCGCCCUUCCCUCAUCUCCCGGGUUUGAUGGCAGUUUUGAAGAGGGUAGCCUGUGUUCCCUGUGUGAGACCCUCGUCCUUGGUUCCAGAGAAAGCAGAGCAGACCUUAUUCCCAAAUUCUAACCUGUCUGGGGCUAGAAAGACUAGCACAAGGUGCUGGUCUCUGUUUUGCCUGACCCAGAACUCACUGGGCAGAAAAGUAGCAUUGCUCCAAAACUUUGUAAGGUGCACAAAGCCUGCAGCCAGCUGAAGUGAAAGGUUAUGGUUAAGACAUACAAUAGGUCACCUAAAGCCUGCAGAGAAUGCUGGGGAGAGAAAUUAGGGUGUUCAAAAACGACCUUGUGUAGGAGGGAAUUUAGAAAGCCACAUUCCUGGCCAGGACAGGAUGCGUGCUCAGAAAAGACUGGAAGAGACCCUGAGCUUUUGCCUCUGGCUGGUCUCUGGGCUCAGUCCAAGCAGGAAGUAAAGACUAAGGCAGAGUUAAAGGAGCUAAAUUGGCCCAGUGUUGAAGAGUGCCCCAGCACAGAGCUGGUCUGUAAAGACUGGGAGACAUGUAGGUUUUGUUUGGGCUCCUGGUAUUCAAGGAGAUCUCUGUCAAAUGCUAGCAGAACAGAGACUUCAAGUGACCACACAUGACAAGGAUGACAGUCUUUGCGAAACUAGCUUGAGAAGGUCCCCAAAAAGAUGGCUGCGGCCUUUUGUUAUCAAAAACAGCAAACUCUGGGGGAAAGGAACUGGUUUCCAGUUACCGUAUGAUAACAUUGAAAUACCCAAUUUCCAACAGAAACAGGUUCUCCAAAGAAACAGAUCUAUGGCCCAUUCAAAAUGGGGAGAAUGACAGAAACCACGCGUGAGGAAGCCCAGGUAUUGGUCUUCCUACACAAAGGCUUUAACCCAUCUGUCUUAAAUAUGCCCACAUGGCCAAAGGAAACCCUAGAGCUGGUUCCAGCUCUGGCUCUGAUGUCAGAGCCACUAGCUCUGGACCCAGCACUGACUCCAGCACUGGGUUUGGUGCCGCGGCACCUUCUAGCUCGAGCGGGCACCGGCUCCGGGUUUGUAAGUGGCGGUGGAGUCGGAGCUCCAGCCGGAUACGGUCCUGCGGCUGAUGCUAGGGCUGGUCCAGCAACUGGCUCCACCUCUGAAGCUGGCUCCAGCCCUACAGCGGGCCCCUGCUCUGGCUCUGGUUGGUAGAGCGGGAGCUGGUGCCAGCUCCGUCUAGUCAAUGGCUCGCCUACUGGAGCUGGCUCUAGGUCGAGACUGGUUGUGGCUGUGGUGCUGAAGCUUUACUCUAGCUCUGAAGCUGACACUCAGUGUGGCUGUCGCUUGAAAGUAGGUUCCGGAGCUGGUGCCGGUUUUAGCUAUAGCUCUAGAGCUGGUGUUGGAGUAGGGGGCAGAGCUGUUUUUAGCUCUGGAACCAGGCCUGGUGCCGGCAACGGAGCUGGCGUAGGGUCUAGCUUUGGAGCUGACACUAGUUUGGCAGAUGGCACUGGAUCUGGAUCCGACCAACUCUAGCGUUGGCACUGAGGCGGAAUGUAGCUCUGGAGCUGGUGGUAGAACUACCGCUGGAUCUGGCCUUGAAGCCAGGGCUAGCUCCGGAGCUGGCACUGGAGUUCGCUCUAGCCCUAGAGUUGGCUCUGACUGUGGCUCCACAGCGGGACGUGGGGCCGAAGCCUUCUCUCGCUCUGGAUCUGGCGUUACAGCCGGCACUGGAGCCGGUUCUGGAAAAUUCCUACACGGCACUCCAGGUCCAAGCCAGGCAGGUUGAGAUGCAGAAAGCCACCAGCUGCUUCUGUCAGGGAAAGUCUGGAGGCUGUACCCACCCAGCAGCCAGGCAGGACGGAGGAGGCUGGAGGGGUAGGAGGGCAGGCGGUGGAGGCUGAAGCCUGGCCUCUCCUUCCACGCUGCCUCCUAAAGCACCUGUGCAGGGGGCUUGGCCCCCUACGCCUGGCCUUGCCCAUCCAGACGCCAGCCCCAAACCACCCCUAACCCCACCCUGGCUGUCCUGGCAGAAGCAGGCCUGGUCACCAAGAAGGGAGCUGACAAAGAGCCUCGGUCGUGGGAUGCUCUCCGUAAAGGUCUAACCAACUGAGCCCCCUUCUUCAGGGAAGCCUGACCUACUUCUCUGUCUUUCCUGUUCCCCGCCCACUGGAAUAUAAAGUCCACGAGGGCUAAUUCCUUGUGAUUAGAUUCAGGUUAUGCAACCUAAUUGUGAGGAAAUACGAGACAAACUCAAACUGAGGGUCUGCCAUAAAGAAACUCACCUGAAAUCUUCAAAAAUGUCAAGGUCAGAGAAAUCAAGGAAAGACUGAGAACUGUUCCCGACAGAAGGAAACUACAGGCUUGGCAACUAAAUCCAGUGUGUGGUCCUGGACACAAUCCACCACUUAUAAAGGGCAUUCAUUAUUGGGAAAUCAGCAUUCUGUGGAUUAGAUGAAGUAUUGAGUCAUUGUCAAUUUCUUGAUUUUAUUGGUUGUGUAGUGGUUAGGUGGGAGGGCAUCUUCACUUUAAGGAAACAAUGGCGCAUCACAUCCUCGAUUUGCUCUCGAAUGGUUUAGGAAAAAAUUGCAAAAAUAUGUAUAUAGAGAAUAAGGGGCACCUGGGUGGGUCAGUAGGUUAGGUGUCUGACUUUGGCUCAGGUCACGAUCUCAUGGUUCGAGAGUUCGAGCCCCGCAUGGGGCUCUGCUCUGACGGUAUGGAGCCUGACUGGGAUUCUCUCUCUCCCUCUCUCUCUGCCCCUCCCUCACUCGCUCUCAAAAUGAAUAAAUUUUUAAAAAAGACUAAUAAGGCAGUGUAGUAAACUGUCCAUUUUAAAAUUUAGAAAUCUGGGGUGCCUGGGUGGCUGUCACCCAGUUUGGUGGCCAACCUCCAUUCAGGUCAUGAUCUCACGGUUCAUGGGUUUGAGCCCCGUGUCAGGCUCUGUGCUGACAGCUCAGAGCCUGGAGCCUGCUUUGGAUUCUGUGUCUUCCUCUCCCGCUGCCCCUCUCCUG